CACAGCGAUAGGUGUGUGCGUAGCCGACUUUCCUCCCUGGGUUCCACUUGGUGCAGCCCCGUCCCCCGGGCGGCGAAUGGUACCGCCCCAGCCCCCUCAGCCUCCCCCUCCGGCAUCAGGUCUGAGUGGUACGCGCCCCCCGGUGCAGACGCGGAACUGGCGCCCGCUCGCCGCGGCGCUGGGCUAGGAAGCGACGGGCGCUUCGCGGUUCGGAGACGUCCGGCGGGCCUGGCAGGUUCCUCGGAGAGUAGAUUUUAUCAAGAUUCCUCCCGGGAACGCUGACUCCUUGCUCAGUGCCCUGAAGUCUCUCUGCGAUGAACUGAUACAUCGGAACCAUGGUGCAAAAGAAGUUCUGCCCUCGGUUACUUGACUAUCUAGUGAUCGUAGGGGCCAGGCAUCCAAGCAGUGACAGCGUGGCUCAGACUCCUGAACUUCUGCGGAGGUACCCACUAGAGGACCACCCGGAGUUUCCCCUGCCCCCAGACGUGGUGUUCUUCUGCCAGCCAGAGGGAUGUCUGAGCGUGCGGCAACGGCGCAUGAGCCUCCGAGAUGAUACCUCUUUUGUCUUCACCCUAACCGAUAAGGACACUGGAGUCACCCGUUAUGGCAUCUGUGUCAACUUCUACCGUUCCUUCCAAAAGCGAAUGCCAAAGGAAAAGGCAGAAGGCGGAGCAGGACCCCGUGGGAAGGAAGGAGCUCAUGCCCCCUGUGCCUCAGAAGAGGCCGCCACCGAGAGCUCAGAGAGUGGCUCAACCUUGCAGCCUCCUAGUGCUGACUCCACUCCUGACGUAAACCAGUCUCCUCGGGGCAAACGUAGGGCAAAAGCGGGCAGCCGCUCCCGAAACAGUACUCUGACAUCCCUGUGUGUGCUUAGCCACUACCCUUUCUUCUCUACCUUCAGAGAGUGUCUGUAUACUCUCAAACGUCUGGUAGACUGCUGUAGUGAACGGCUCCUAGGCAAGAAACCGGGCAUCCCUCGAGGUGUACAAAGGGACACCAUGUGGCGAAUCUUUACUGGAUCACUGCUAGUGGAGGAGAAGUCCAGUGCCCUUCUGCAUGACCUUCGAGAGAUCGAGGCCUGGAUCUAUCGGUUGCUACGCUCCCCGGUGCCUGUCUCUGGGCAGAAGCGAGUGGACAUUGAGGUCCUACCCCAGGAAGUGCAGCAGGCCCUGACAUUUGCUCUUCCAGAUCCAUCCCGGUUCACCCUUGUAGAUUUCCCUCUUCACCUUCCCUUGGAACUUCUGGGUGUAGAUGCUUGUCUUCAGGUGCUAACCUGCAUCCUGUUGGAGCACAAGGUGGUGCUACAGUCUCGAGACUACAACGCACUCUCCAUGUCUGUGAUGGCGUUUGUGGCAAUGAUCUACCCCCUGGAGUACAUGUUCCCUGUCAUCCCGCUGCUUCCUACCUGCAUGGCUUCGGCAGAGCAGCUACUCUUGGCUCCAACCCCAUAUAUCAUUGGAGUUCCUGCCAGCUUCUUCCUCUAUAAGCUAGACUUCAAAAUGCCUGAUGACGUGUGGCUGGUGGAUCUGGACAGCAACAGGGUGAUUGCCCCCACUAAUGCAGAAGUGCUACCCAUCCUGCCAGAACCGGAAUCAUUAGAGCUGAAAAAACACUUAAAGCAGGCUCUAGCCAGCAUGAGUCUCAACACCCAGCCCAUUCUUAAUCUGGAGAAAUUCCAUGAGGGCCAGGAGACACCACUUCUCUUGGGAAGGUUUUCUAAUGACCUUCAGUCUACACCUUCCACUGAAUUCAACCCACUCAUUUAUGGCAAUGAUGUAGAUUCAGUUGAUGUUGCAACGAGAGUGGCCAUGGUUCGUUUCUUCAACUCUGCUAACGUGCUGCAGGGCUUUCAGAUGCACACACGUACCCUGCGACUCUUCCCCCGGCCCGUGGUUGCCUUCCAAGCUGGCUCCUUUCUGGCCUCACGCCCCCGGCAGACCCCCUUUGCUGAGAAACUGGCCAGGACUCAAGCUGUGGAGUACUUUGGAGAAUGGAUCCUGAACCCUUCUAACUAUGCCUUCCAGCGGAUUCACAACAAUACGUUUGAUCCAGCCCUCAUUGGUGACAAGCCUAAGUGGUACGCUCACCAGCUGCAGCCCAUCCACUAUCGAGUCUAUGACAGCAAUUCUCAGCUGGCUGAGGCCCUGAGUGUGCCACCGGAGCGUGAUUCUGAGUCUGACCCCACUGAUGACAGCGGCAGUGACAGCAUGGACUAUGAUGACUCAAGCUCUUCUUACUCCUCCCUGGGAGACUUCGUCAGUGAAAUGAUGAAGUGUGACAUCAAUGGCGACACUCCCAAUGUGGAUCCUCUGACGCAUGCGGCCCUGGGAGACGCCAGUGAAGUAGAGAUUGAUGAGCUGCAGCCCCAGAAGGAGGGAGAGGAGCCUGGCCCAGACAGUGAGAACUCUCAGGAGAACCCUCCCCUGCGCUCCAGCUCCAGUACCACUGCCAGCAGUAGCCCUAGCACCGUCGUCCACGGCGCCCACUCUGAACCUGCUGAUUCUACAGAGGUGGGAGAUAAGGCAGCAACAGGCAUCUCCAAGCCCCUCCCUCCUGUGCCUCCCAGCAUUUGCAAAUCUACUGUGGACAGGAGACAGACAGAGACUGGAGAGGGGUCAGUGUGCCAGCGAACCUACGACCAUCCAUAUUUUGAGCCCCAAUAUGGCUCCCCCGCUGAGGAAGAUGAUGACGAGCAGGGGGAGAGCUACACGCCCCGGUUCAGCCAACAUGCCAGUGGCAGUCGGGCUCAAAAGCUGCUGCGGCCCAACAGCUUGAAGCUGGCCAGUGACUCAGACGCAGAGUCAGACUCCCGAGCAAGCUCUCCCAACUCCACCGUCUCUAACAACAGCACCGAGGGCUUCGGGGGCAUCAUGUCUUUUGCUAGCAGCCUGUAUCGGAACCAUAGUACAAGCUUCAGCCUUUCAAACCUCACACUGCCCACCAAAGGUGCCCGAGAGAAGACUACACCAUUCCCCAGCCUGAAAGUAUUUGGGCUAAAUACUCUAAUGGAGAUUGUUACUGAAGCCGGCCCUGGGAGUGGUGAAGGAAACAGGAGGGCCUUAGUGGACCAGAAAUCCUCUGUCAUUAAACACAGCCCAACUGUGAAAAGAGAACCUCCAUCACCGCAGGGCCGGUCCAGCAAUUCUAGCGAGAACCAACAGUUCCUGAAGGAGGUGGUUCACAGUGUGCUGGAUGGCCAGGGAGUCGGCUGGCUCAACAUGAAAAAGGUGCGCCGGCUGCUGGAGAGUGAGCAGCUCCGAGUCUUUGUACUGAGCAAGCUGAAUCGUGCAGUGCAGUCAGAGGAUGAUGCCCGGCAGGAUGUCAUCCAGGAUGUGGAGAUCAGUCGGAAGGUGUACAAGGGAAUGCUAGACCUCCUCAAGUGCACAGUCCUCAGCCUCGAGCAGUCCUAUGCCCAUGCUGGUCUGGGUGGCAUGGCCAGCAUCUUUGGGCUUUUGGAGAUUGCCCAGACCCAUUACUAUAGUAAAGAACCAGACAAACGCAAGAGAAGUCCAACAGAGAAUGUAAAUACCCCAGUUGGCAAGGAUCCUGGUCUGGCUGGGCGGGGGGACCCAAAGGCAAUGGCUCAGCUAAGGGUCCCUCAGCUGGGUCCUCGGGCACCAAGUGCUACAGGAAGGGGUCCUAAAGAACUGGACACCAGAAGUUUAAAGGAAGAGAAUUUUGUAGCGUCUGUGGAAUUGUGGAACAAGCACCAGGAAGUGAAAAAGCAAAAGGCUUUGGAAAAACAGAGGCCAGAGGUCAUCAAGCCUGUCUUUGACCUGGGAGAGACUGAGGAGAAAAAGUCCCAGAUCAGCGCAGACAGUGGUGUGAGCCUGGCAUCCGCUUCCCAGAGGACUGAUCAAGACUCUGUCAUCGGUGUGAGUCCAGCUGUUAUGAUCCGAAGCUCAAGUCAGGAUUCUGAAGUUAGCACCGUGGUGAGUAACAGUUCAGGAGAGACCCUCGGAGCAGACAGUGACCUGAGCAGCAAUGCAGGUGAUGGGCCAGGAGGCGAAGGCAGUGCCCACUUGGCAAGUUCUCGGGCUACUCUGUCUGACAGUGAAAUUGAAACCAAUUCUGCUACAAGCACCAUCUUUGGUAAAGCCCAUAGCUUGAAGCCAAAGGAGAAGCCAGCUAGUAGUCCAGUUCGCUCUUCCGAAGACGUAAGCCAGCGAGUCUAUCUCUAUGAGGGACUACUAGGAAGGGACAAAGGAUCCAUGUGGGACCAGUUAGAGGAUGCUGCUAUGGAGACCUUUUCUAUAAGCAAAGAGCGGUCUACUUUAUGGGACCAAAUGCAGUUCUGGGAAGAUGCGUUCCUAGAUGCUGUGAUGUUGGAAAGAGAAGGAAUGGGUAUGGACCAGGGCCCUCAGGAAAUGAUCGACAGGUACCUGUCCCUAGGAGAGCAUGACCGGAAGCGCCUGGAGGAUGAUGAAGAUCGCUUACUGGCCACACUCUUACACAACCUCAUAUCCUAUAUGCUCCUGAUGAAGGUGAACAAGAACGACAUCAGGAAGAAAGUACGGCGCCUAAUGGGAAAGUCCCACGUUGGGCUGGUGUACAGUCAACAAAUCAAUGAGGUGCUCGAUCAGCUGACCAACCUGAAUGGGCGUGAUCUCUCCAUCCGAUCCAGUGGCAGCCGGCACAUGAAGAAGCAGACGUUCGUUGUGCACGCAGGGACAGACACAAAUGGAGAUAUCUUUUUCAUGGAAGUGUGUGACGACUGUGUGGUCUUACGUAGUAACAUCGGGACAGUGUACGAGCGCUGGUGGUAUGAGAAGCUUAUCAACAUGACCUACUGUCCCAAGACCAAGGUCCUGUGCUUAUGGCGUAGAAAUGGCUCUGAGACCCAGCUCAACAAGUUCUAUACCAAGAAGUGUCGGGAGCUGUACUACUGUGUGAAGGACAGCAUGGAGCGUGCGGCUGCCCGGCAACAAAGCAUCAAACCCGGGCCUGAACUAGGUGGUGAGUUCCCUGUGCAGGACAUGAAGACUGGAGAGGGUGGCUUGCUUCAGGUCACCCUGGAAGGGAUCAAUCUCAAGUUCAUGCAUAACCAGGAGCGGAAGGUUUUCAUAGAGCUGAAUCACAUUAAAAAGUGCAAUACAGUUCGAGGCGUCUUUGUCCUGGAAGAAUUUGUUCCUGAAAUUAAAGAAGUGGUGAGCCACAAGUACAAGACUCCAAUGGCCCACGAGAUCUGCUAUUCUGUGUUGUGUCUCUUCUCGUAUGUGGCCGCAGUUCGUAGCAGUGAAGAAGACCUCCGAACCCCACCUCGGCCUGUCUCUAGCUGAUAGAGAGGGGUUACACAGCUGGGCCAGCCCAGGGGUCACCCCUCACCUCUUGCUGCUCCUAAGCGCUGAAGCUGCCUCGACUGAGACAGAGACUGUGUGUGUGUGUGUGUGUGUGUGUGUGUGUGUGUGUGUGUGUGUGUGUGUUCUCUCAAGCUCCUUCCUGUGGUUGAGCUGGUUUCGUUUUGUGUCUGAGUGUGUCCUUGUGUUCAUCUGUCACGGGCUAAGCUGGUCUCAUUACCUUCUCUUCCUACAAUAGCAGACCGGCCUACUGUCCCUCAGGGCUCCAGAGAGUCUGUGUGUGUGUGUGCGUGUCUGUGGGGUCACUGUGAGCACUCUAUUGCCUGUCCUCGCACUGUGGUCCCGUGUCCUUGUCCUUAUCCCUUCCUGUUUAUGGGUCUUCUCUCCAUCCUCUGUGGACUGGCACUGUGGGGCACCUGGGACAGUUCCAGUGGGAAGUGAGAGACACUUGGGGACAGCCUUCCUGGCUGAGGGUCCGGGAGGAGGAGGGAGGAUUCAAAGGAAGCUCAGUAAGUGGCAACCUCUUUGCUUCCUCAAUUCCUAAACUGUGGCUGCAGCUCAUGCUGCUGCCUGUCGCACUCCACCCAUGGGGGAUCCUGAAUGACUGCGUGUGCUGGGCUGGGAUUUUUGCGGUGGUCCUCCUGGCCUGUGGCAUGAGAGGACAGAGGAGUGAGGUGAUGGUGUCCUAGACAGCACCAGCCGCUCUGCCUAAGAGCUGGGGCUAGGUGGGUCAGGGCGGGGCUGAGCCCAGCACGCAUGCCUGUCUGCAGGCAGAGUCUCCUGGCUUCAGUGCUAAGGACUGGACAGGGGGAGAAUGUAAAUAUUUCAGCUCCACAUUAUUUAUAGAAAAAUGUACAGCUGUGUGAUGUGAAAUAAAUGUCCUGAACUCUG